AAUCGUUUUUUUCCCUUUAGUAUAGCGCCUGACCCUCUUGCCCUAAUCCUCUCAGGAUUCCCUUUCAACAGCUGACUGAGCGAACUGCGAUUAGAAGAGCGGAAGCCAUCCAGUUCGAUUCCUAUUUAAAUCAAUAGCCUGGUCGAUCCUAGAGCUUUUCAAGUUUAUUUGUAGGUAGAAAUCUCGUAGCUUUGGAUCCACCAUGGUGGCUUUAAAGGAUCUUUUACCGGAUGCGAAAAACUCAACGUCGACUUAUUAUGACCACGCAAAUGACCCAUGGUUUAAAGAACGGUUUAGUUCGUCGGAGGAAGAGAAAUCCGCGGCCAUAAAGGCAAAGCCGGUACCGCCUUACAUGAAGCGCGCCGGAUUUGUUCCUAGAAAAGUUGAAGACUUUGGAGAUGGAGGUGCUUUCCCUGAAAUACAUAUUGCUCAAUACCCUCUUGAUAUGGGAAGAGUAAAAGGGGCUAAACCCGGGUCAAAAAUUCUUCCAGUGACUGUUGAUGCUUAUGGGAAUUUGGCUUACGAUGCGAUAGUUAAACAGAAUGAGAAUGCGAAGAAGAUUGUUUAUUCGCAGCAUAAGGAUUUGAUACCGAAGAUUUUGAGGAAUGAGGAAGGGGGUGGUGAUGAGGGGGAGGAGGAAGAGAGGCAAAAUGAGAUUGAGGAAACAAUGCAAGAAACUAAGGCGGCUUUAGAGAAGAUAGUAAACGUGAGAUUGAGUGCUGCUCAGCCAAAGAAUGUUCCUCAACAGUCUUCGGAUUCAAAGUAUAUUAAGUAUAAGCCUUCACAGCAAUCAGCUGCUUUUAAUUCGGGUGCUAAAGAGAGGAUAAUUAGAAUGGUGGAGAUGCCUGUUGAUCCUCUUGAGCCUCCCAAGUUUAAGCAUAAGAGGGUCCCAAAGGCUUCAGGGUCUCCUCCGGUGCCAGUGAUGCAUUCCCCUCCACGACCUGUGACUGUGAAGGAUCAGCAGGAUUGGAAAAUUCCACCUUGUAUUUCGAAUUGGAAGAAUCCGAAAGGGUAUACCAUCCCCCUGGAUAAGCGUCUUGCUGCUGAUGGAAGAGGUUUACAGGAGGUUCAGAUUAAUGAUAACUUUGCAAAGCUGUCUGAGGCUUUGUAUGUUGCAGAGCAGAAGGCUAGAGAAGCUGUGGCAAUGAGAUCAAAGGUGCAGAAAGAGAUGAUGAUGAAGGAGAAGGAAAGGAAGGAGCAGGAAUUGCGAGCUUUAGCUGCUAAAGCUCGUUCUGAGAGAACUGGGGCGGUGGCACAGUCAGCUGCUGUUCCAAUGUCAUCUGACAGAAAUGCCAUGGAUACUGAUAUGAGAGUGGAUUAUGAGUCAGUGAGGGAUAGAGAAAGGGACAUGCCAAAGGAAUCAAAGGAAGAGAAGGAGGAGCGGUUGCAGAGGGAGAAAAUACGUGAAGAGCGUCGUAAAGAAAGGGACAGAGAAAGAAGGUUGGAGGCCAAAGAUGCUGCCAUGGGUAAAAAGAGUAAGAUUACAAGAGAUAGGGAUAGAGAUAUUAGUGAAAAAGUGGCUCUUGGUAUGGCUUCUACUGGUGCUGGAAGAGGUGGUGAAGUAAUGUAUGAUCAAAGGUUAUUUAACCAGGAGAAAGGAAUGGAUUCUGGAUUUGCAACCGAUGAUCAGUACAACAUCUAUGACAAGGGUCUAUUCACAGCACAACCCACUCUCUCAACACUCUAUAGGCCAAAGAAAGACAUGGAUUCUGACAUGUAUGGUGGAGCAGAUGAGCAGUUAGAGAAAAUAAUGAAAACUGAGAGGUUUAAACCUGACAAGGCGUUUGCUGGUACUUCUGAGAAGAGCGGUCCAAGGGAUCGGCCAGUUGAGUUUGAAAAGGAACCUGAAGAAGCUGAUCCAUUUGGUCUUGAUCAGUUCUUGACAGAGGUCAAGAAGGGUAAGAAAGCCCUGGAAAAAGUGGGUACUGGUGGGACGAUGAAGGCAAGUGCAGGCUCUUCCAUGCGAGAUGGCAAUGAAGGAGGCUCUAAUAGAUCUCGCAUUGGUUUCGAAAGAGGACAUUAAAUAUUCCAUGUAUCUCUUGACUAAUGAUAUGUGGCUCUAUAGCCUGUUAAAUUUGCUCAUCUUAAUCCCUGAAAUAGCUUCUGGGGUGAGACUUUUUCUUUUCCUUUUUGCUAUGUGGAAUGUUGCUUAUUUUACCUCUUGAAGAUUUUAAAUAAUCAACUCUCUACUGCCAUGCUAUAUUAAAUCUUGUUUUCUGUCACUACUUAUGGACUGCUGACUAGAGUUGUAUUUCAUUGUUUUUUGUUAGUAAAUACUCAUGUAUGUGGUGAUGUGCAUGGACUCCAAGCUUAACUGAUGAUACCUCUGUUGGUUUUGUUCAUUUUUCUUUCCUUUAUUCUCCAUGCU